UUCUUUGAACACUUUUCCUUGGUAAAGUGUUCCACCCAUCAAUAAAUUAUUAAAACGGUUUCCAUUUUUACAGUUAAAGCAGGUAGAUAAUAUACCACUUCACUAGAGAGCUACAUAUAGUUAAGCAUGCAGAACGUGUGACUCAGUAUUUCCGAGGUACUUAGAAGACCAAGACAUCUUUCCUUGAUGUUGAUUUGCUGGUGAGGAAGCUAGAAACAGAAUUGGCUGGUGGUGCCCACUGGGAGGCCUUGGGCAGGUCGUUCCUAGUCUCCUGGCUUCCUGCCUUGAUUCAAAAAUAACUUUGUCUUCCCAGCAUAUCAUUGAUCUGUGGUUGUUGCUUUGCAUUUGGAGCCCUUUAAGGAAUUUUGUUGCUACUUAGAAAAUAUAUUUUCUCUUAAAGCCAACUUCUACAUUUGUGAAUUAGAAAAUAAGCUUUCUUAGUGGUGAUAAAAAUAAGUCAGACCUACCCAACUCAAUGCACCUGAAACACAGGAACUUUCAAAUUAUUAUUUGUUCUGCUCUUUCAGUGGUGAUCUAGGAAGAAAUAAUGUAUAUAGAGUGAAUCUGCCAGUGCUUCACAGGCUCACGUGCUAUCCUGCUGAAAGUGCCAGGGUGAGAAUGGCAGAGGGAUCAGCAGGAACAAGGGAGCUGGAAUUCUGCACACUGUUGUGCAUUGCAGACACCAGUGUUUGCAAAUAGGCCUAAGACUAUCUUCAGAUAAGUCCUAGGACCUGUAUCCUCCCUUUGUUUUCCUGAAGCUCCAUUAGCAGGGAGUUUUGAAGGUUGCCUGGAUUUCAAGUCUUGAAUUAGUAAUUUGCUUUCCAGUAAAUAGAACUGAAACCUGGCUUUGCUUUCAGUGUAAAUUAGAAUGUGGAGCUUCCCAUUCUUAAAGGUCUUGAGUAGUACCAAGUCAGUGGGUUAGUCAGCUUUCUGUCUCUGUGACAAAGGACCUGAAAUGAAUAACUUAAAAGAAGGAAAGAUUUAUCUUGGCUCAUGGUUUCCUAGGUUUCAGUUCAUGUUUACUCAACCCUACUGUUUUUUGAGCCUGUAGUAAGGCAGCACCUGGCAGUGGGAGCAUGGAGUAGAGAAAACCUGGUCACCACAUGACAGCUGGAAGGAAGAGAGACAGGAAGGAGUCAGGCUUCUAAUGUCUCUUUCAAGAGUAUGCCCCUGACCAUUUAACUUCCUUCUAUGCCCCAUCUCCUAAGAGUUCCACCAUUUCCCUAUAGUGCCACCCACUGGUAACCAGUGUUAUGGGCCCUUGGGACAUUUAGGGUCCAAGCAUCUGACUAGCCCCUCUGGGAGCUAGUGAGAGCUUAUCUCCUAUGUCAAGAGUGCACUCUGCUCUUAAGUACUAGUAAAGGCUUUGGAAUGGUUGUAUCUCAUGAGCAGGCUGACCUUGGGCAAGGCCCCCACUGGCCUGCCAUUUUUAUGUGGCCUGCACUGCCCUUGUGUUGAGCUGGUUUACUCCCUGUGGUGCUUCCCUUGUUAAACUUCUUGACCAUUGAAGUUUUUGUAAGAAGAAUGGGAUGUAGGCUUCAUUCUUGAACUGUAGAGUAUGUGUCACCAGUGUGAAUUGAGGACAGCAUGGUGACUGUUUCUCAAAACACCUUGAUACAUCAUCACUUAUCAAACCAGAAUGUUUUCCAGUAAAUUAAUGGAACCUGUUGAGAACCAUAAGAGAAGGAAAUUGCAAGUACUUGUACAAAAAUAACAGAAGCCCCUACUCAUAGAGCCAGCUUGUCACCGUAGAAGCCCUGUCUUAAGUUGCAGCUUGCUGAUUCAUGGUGCGUGGGGGGUGCAUUGCCCAUCCUGUUUUCCCACUGAAAUAUCUUGUUUCUGUGCAAUACUUACCUAAGUGUUGGCUCCUCUUUUUGCCUUUUCACUUUACUAUAAGUUGGUAUUGUUGGCUAGGCUUAUCUCAAUCCUGUUCAAAAAGUUUUGUUUUUUAAUAAUUUUAGUUGAAAUAUUUUUGACAAAAACAUUGACUUUGUUUUCAAGGAGCUUAGUUUCAGCCCAAGAAAUGGAAAUCAAUCAUGAAGGAUACAAAGAAGCUGCUCCCAUCCUGAAGUGUUCUUGCCUUCUCCAGGAAGAUCCAUUUCCUCUUGGUAUCUGUGUUGCUUAAUGUGAAGGCUGGAGAUCAGGGGUUCCUGAAAGGGAUGGAAGGAAGAAAAUUAUAGUCCAAUAAAUAAUAUAAGACAAAAAUAAUAGAUGUGAACGUGCUUAAAAAACGAAAAACUCGACUAUGCCUAAAGUAGUGUCUCGGUCGGUUGUCUGCUCCGAUACCCGGGACCGCGAGGAAUAUGACGAUGGUGAGAAGCCCCUCCACGUCUACUACUGUUUGUGUGGCCAGAUGGUCCUGGUGCUGGAUUGUCAGUUAGAGAAGUUGCCCAUGAGGCCUCGAGACCGAUCCCGUGUGAUUGAUGCUGCUAAACAUGCUCACAAAUUUUGUAAUACAGAAGAUGAGGAGACUGUGUAUCUUCGAAGGCCUGAAGGCAUUGAACGACAAUACAGGAAGAAGUGUGCCAAGUGUGGACUACCUCUCUUCUACCAGUCCCAGCCGAAGAAUGCCCCUGUGACCUUCAUCGUGGAUGGAGCAGUAGUGAAAUUUGGUCAGGGUUUUGGGAAAACAAAUAUAUAUACUCAGAAACAAGAGCCUCCAAAGAAGGUGAUGAUGACCAAACGGACCAAAGACAUGGGCAAGUUCAGCUCUGUCACCGUGUCUACCAUUGAUGAAGAGGAAGAGGAGAUUGAGGCUAGGGAAGUUGCUGACUCCUAUGCACAGAAUGCCAAAGUGAUUGAAAAACAGCUGGAGCGCAAAGGCAUGAGCAAGAGACGACUGCAAGAGCUGGCUGAACUGGAAGCCAAGAAAGCUAAAAUGAAGGGGACCUUGAUUGACAACCAGUUCAAAUGACCAAAGCUUUUCUUUGAGCCCAGACGGAGGCAAGCAUUUAGAUCAAGAAGAAAAAUAACUUCUUGAUUAUAUGGACUGGUUUCUGCUUAUUCCCAGGAGAAGACAUUACUUUAUUUCCCAUUGACUCACUCUCAUUCAGUGAGGUCUUUGAGUCCAUUUGACCUGCUUUCUAAGAGAUGGAUGUUUCUAAGUCUUUAUGUAGGUUUCUGUACUAAUUUUUGUCCAUUUGAUGUAAACUUCUUCAGCUGUGUAAGAACUUUAUGAAUUGAUCAGUGCUUGAGUGUCUCUAGUUUCUAAAAUGACUUUUUAUUCCUUUUCCAGUUAAUAGAAUACUGAAAGACUUUUGGAAAAAAUAUUAUGUUGUGUCAUAGAGAAAAGUAGCAUGGAUUAUAUUUAAAAUUACAACAAGUCAUAUCCUUUUAAGUGACUCUGUCACUGGUCUUAGAAUGGUUCUUAGGAAUGGCUGUGGUUUGAAUCUUUGUAUUGUCAGCAGAGUUUCAUUGAAAGCCAAAAUCUGCAUAGAACUUUCUUUACUUCAAAUAUUGGAGCUGUAGGUGAGCCAUACUAUAUUAGACUUUAUUCUUAAAGAAGGAGAUGCCACAGGGCUGGGGAUAUUGCUCAGUCACAGAGUGCAUGCUAGGCAUGUGUGAGGUCCUGGGUUCCAUCCUUGGCACUACAUAUGCAUGUGCAUGCUUGCACACUUGUGCUCACAUACCCUAAAAGGAAAAGCCACAUUGUAGUGAGGGAGUUGGUUAGCUCACAUUUGAGUUAAAAUAGGGUCUUAAUAAGUAACCCAAGGGAGCUACCAUCUAGUGAGACAGCUAGGAGUACUACUUCUCUGUGUGGUACAUGAGAUAAACAAAAUUAUCUGCUAGAUAUCUUUUAUUUUACAUUUGCUUUGCAGAGGAAUGUUGUAUGUAUAAAUAUCAUUUUAUGUCAUGCUGCUUCAAUGAUGUCAAUAUCUGUGUAUUUAUUUGAACCCAUAUUUUUAUCUGUUCUCCGUAUUACAAAGUGUGGGGUCAGAAAGCAUGUUAAUCUCCUUAUUAAUCUACAGUGGAUUGCAAUUAUUAGCAAGCAUCCAAGACUUGUUUUUGAGGUGCUGCUGGGAAAUGGUAGUACAGUUUUCUUUGUGCGCUUUCUGAUUUCUUUAUUCCAUGGAAAAGUAGGUUGGAACCAGGGAGAUGUAAUCUAGUCUGAGCUGGACAAAAGGGGGGUGGAGCUCCUGGGAAGGCUUCAAAUGGGGCAUGUUAUCAUCUUCCAAGUUAUUCUCCUACAUCCACCGAGGCUUUAGCAACUGAGUCUUCCUUUCCACCUCAUCUCUUAUCCUUAUUCUGAGAAAGAAAUAACCAUCAUAUGGAUGAACAACUUUGACCAUCUCACAGUUUCUCAACCUCAACUUCUGACAAUGACCUCUACCUUUACUUCACUGUAGCCAUAAGCUCCCAUGAUUACAGUCUGGAUAUCAUCUAUACCACCUCUGAAAUCCAAUAUUUUAUUCUUUGAUGACAGUCAUACUCAAUUCUUCUAAAGCUGUUUUAUUUUUAGAUUUGAAGGGUGAUUAUUAGUAGUAAAUACUGAAAAAUAGUACUAGUAAUAGAAAAAAUACUCACCACUCUUUAUUGAGUACUUAGUAUGUGUCAGAUGCCAGGGAAAGUACUUUACAGGUAUUAUCUAAACAACAUGAUAAUUCUUUAAGAUGUUACUGUACCCAUUCUAAAAAUUAGUAUUCUGACACUCAGAGAGUUUAAGUUUCCCAAGAUCCUGUAUGUGGUAAAGACAAAAGUUUGAUUUUAGAACUAAAACAUGAAAACUGCUUCUCCUGUAAUUUUUAGAAUAUAUAUUAUUAAUAUCAGAACACAUUUUCAUUUCGAGAAACCAAAAAAGUGCAUUAACUCCUUGUAACAAAUCUGUGGUUACAUUUCGACAUAUUUUCUGAAAUAUUUGUCUUUAGAUACUAGUUCUAAACCAUUUCAAUAUCUGGUUGAUGUUGUAUGUUUUGCUUCAUCUAUAUGAUUAUAAAAUGUUAUGUCAUUAGCACCAAGCAACAUAUGCUCUUUAUUAUGUUUUAUUCUUUUAUGUUGAAGUAAUUGUUUAAAAAUUAGCAUGGUUCCUCUUUUCUAUUAACUCAUAUUAUUUUAUAGCAGAUAGUGUUUUAAUGUUAGUAUAAGAGAUGAAGAGCCAUAUUGAAAUUUUGGAGAGAACCACCUCUCCUCUUUUUUGCAAAAUAUCCACUAUGAAAAAUAUUAAAAUGUUUGUGAAAUUAAAAAACAAAAACCAAAAACCUCCA